AGCUCUCCCCGAUCUUCGUCAACAUUUCAUGCAUCCUGCCGUGCCGGUCCUUCGCGACCUCGUGCUGGUAGGCGGCGGUCACUCUCAUGUCACGGUGCUGAAGCAGUUUGGCAUGAGCCCGAUGGCGGGGGUGCGACUCACGCUCAUAACGUCAGCGAUUCACACCCCCUACAGCGGCAUGCUGCCCGGCUACAUCUCGGGCUUCUAUACUUAUGAUGACGUCCAUAUCGACCUGUCCCGCCUGGCGCGCUUUGCCGGGGCCCGGCUGGUGCAUGCUGAGGCACAGGGACUGGACACUCAGGGGCAGAGGGUGCUGCUGCAUGACAGGCCACCGCUGCCGUACGAUGUGGUUUCGCUCAACCUGGGCAUCACGCCUGCGUUGUCCACCGUACCAGGGGCCGCUGAUUUCACCACCCCCGUCAAGCCCAUCAGCGGGGUGGUGGCGCGGUUUGAGGCGCUCCUGAACAAGGCCACCACGGUGGACCUGCCCCUCCGAGUGGCUGUUGUUGGCGGUGGCGCCAGCGGUGUGGAGCUGGCAUGUGCGCUGCAGUACAGGCUGUCGCAGGAGCGCCACCGGGCUGGAUUCACCAGCGAGCUGGUUGUGCAUGUGAUCUCCCGAGUCCCUAUCCUUUCAGGGUUGAAUCCCUAUGCGCGCCGAGCAUUCCUGCCACUUCUACGUGAGCGUGGCAUCGCGCUGUAUGAAGUGAGCGGUGGAGUAGUCGAGGUACAGCCUUCUGCGCUACUGCUGGCCGAUGGGCAGCGCAUUUCCUUUGACGAGUGCCUGUGGAGCACGCAAGCUAGCGCGGCUGGCUGGCUGGCAGAUACAGGGCUGCCUACAGACUCAGAUGGCUUUCUGCUGGUGGACGACUUCUUGAGGAGCGACGGAGGUCCACCUAAUGUGUUUGCGGCAGGCGACGUGGCCUCAAACUCGUCUCACCCCCGCCCCAAGGCAGGCGUGUUUGCUGUUCGAGCGGGGCCACCUCUGGCAGAGAACCUGCGACAUGCCCUGCUUGGGCAGGCGCUGCAGCCUUGGAUUCCCCAGAAAAGCUUCCUUUCUCUUAUUACUGCCGGAGACAAGUAUGCAGUGGCCACCAAAAGCUGGCUAGGCAUGCAAGGCGGCUGGCUGUGGGCAUGGAAGGACUGGAUUGAUCGGGCGUUCAUGGCCAAGUUUGGUGCUGACCUGGACUUUGCGACCAUGGAGCAACUCAGGAGCUCGCAGUCGCCACACCAGCUGCCUCAUGCACUAGAGCGAGGACUAUCGGCAGAAGAGUUGGCACUGCUGGCUGCAGCAAAGAUGCGCUGCGGUGGAUGUGGCAGCAAAGUCGGGGCCACCAGCCUGGGCCUGGUACUGCAGCGCCUGCAGGAUAUGGGGUGCCAGCGCGCCAAUGCACAGCAGCAAGCAGUGUUGAUAGGCCUGGACGAACCGGACGACGCUGCUGUGCUGGAGCCACCGCCGCCUGGACAUGUGAUGGUGCAAACCGUGGAUUUCUUCAGAACAAUGGUCUCAGAUCCCUACCUGUUUGGGCAGAUUGCAGCCAACCACGCCCUGAGCGACUGCCACGCCAUGGGGGCGGCUCCCAUGGCUGCUUUGGCCGUCGCCGUGGUGCCCUUGGCGACAGCUGCAUCAAUGGAAGAGGACCUCGUACAGAUGCUUGCAGGAGCGCUCAGCACGCUGCAUGCUGCGGGCUGUGCCUUGGUGGGUGGUCACAGCAGCGAGGGUGCUGAGCUGGCAGUGGGCUUUGCUGUGAGUGGUAGCGUGCCUCGCGAGGAGAUACUGUCCAAGCGUGGCAUGGAGCCGGGGCUGGCAGUCAUCAUCACCAAGCCGGUUGGCACAGGCAUCUUGCUUGCGGCUGAGAUGCGAGGAGGCAGCAAGGGGCGCUGGAUGGAGGCUGCAGUCGAGUGCAUGAAACAGAGUAAUGGCCCUGCCGUUGCUGUAUUGCGAGCGCACGGCGUCACUGCCUGCACCGAUGUCACCGGCUUUGGCGUGCUAGGCCACUUGGCUGAGAUGGCACGCGCGAGCAAGGUGGUGGUCUCCUUGGAUGCAGCAGCAGUUCCCGUGUUGGAGGGCGCGCUGCAGUGUGCCUGCGACGGGUUCCGCAGCUCGCUGCACCGUGACAACGCAACAGUUGCGGCUGUGUUGGAGGGCGGCCCGGACAGCCUGGAGGCCGGCCUGUUUGCAGUGCUGGUGGACCCGCAGACAGCUGGAGGCCUGCUGGCUUCGGUCCCAGCGGAGGAGGCGGAGCGCUGCGUGGCGGCCCUGAAGAACGCAGGCUAUCCCCAUGCGGCGGUUGUGGGGCGGACCAAUGCGCUGCCCUCCGGCAGCACUGCGUGCCUGCGCUUGGGCGGGUGAUUUGUUAAAUUGCAUUCUACUUAGCAGGGGUUCCCGUUGGCUGUACAUAACCGUAGCCGUUAAACGGCAAUAACUC